GCAUAGCCUUCCGUUCCAUUUUCAGAAGCUAUAUAGCCUAUAAAUACAUGUAUUCAUAGGCUAUGACCUUAUAGCCUAUAACGACUAUAUAGCCUAUAAACACAUAAAUAUUUAGUCAAAUCGUGGAAGAUAAAUAUUGUUGCAAUUGAUAUAUUUAUGGUUAGUUGUGGACAGUACAGUGUCCAUUGUAUAUAAAUACACGCAGCGUACAUGAAUACACAUUGUAGUUGAAUGCACACAUAAUGGGUUGUAUCGGUGUCCUGUAACCGGAGAGUUUAUAGGUAAAUAUAGUACAACUGCAGCUCGAUAAGCUAAUCGAAUUAGGUUGAGAGUUAUACGUAGACUGUACUGUACAAUGGCUGAUGAUCCUACCCACUUCAAACCAAAGACAAUACAAAAAUUGCUCGAACUGCGGUUCAAGCAAGAUAAAACAAGAGUGUCGAGCGAAGCGCAGCAGAUGACGGCCGAACUCUUGAGGCUCUUCGUGUCUGAAGCUAUACACCGUUCAGUGGCCAACGCGGCUGCGGAAGGAGACACGCUUGUUGAGCCAUGUCAUUUAGAGGCUGCAGUGCCACAACUGUUACUCGACUUCUAGGUUAUUCAAUACCGUCUGUCGAGAUAUUGUUUGUUUAGCUUCGUCGACAAUGAGCAGACUAAUAAAUGAAGUCGUCUCAGGUGACGACGGAGUUGUUUAUUUCAUAUGGCCGGCACACCUCUUGAGCACAUUCAAUUACAGACG